AUGCAACACUUGAGGCAGAAAAACAGCUAUCAUUAGUACCAAUCUUAGUUGGAGAUGGUGUCUUCACCAGAUGUUCACUUAUUUUCUCUUGAUAAGCGACACCUUUUUGUGCAGUACUGCACAAGAGAGUUCAAGUCACUGAACAAAUACUACCUAGGUAUUUAUUGUAAGCUUAUGUCUGGUCGAAAGAGGGGCAGUCAUGGCUACAUCUCCAUUCUAUUCCUGAUUUUGUGUGUUCAUCAAGAUGUCCUAAAUUGGACAAUGCUACUUAAGUACGUGGGUUCAGAUUUUGUUGAUCACGAACAAUUGCACCCAUAUCAUGCAACCCAGAUCAGAAGACAUCAGAUUCGUCCUCUUCAUACCUCUAGCUUCCCAAUUAACAAUCGCACAAACACAUCAAACAGCAGAGCGUUCUUAGCCAUACUAUAGUCCCAGAUGCCCAAUUGCAGGCGUCAAACGUUUUCGCAGACAUUCAAUCCACGUACCCUCCAAACGAGUGACAGCGCCAAACAAACCCCUCGCUAUCCUCUGGAUCUCGGAGUCGAGAUCGUGGAGGCAGAUUCCAAAAUCGAACCCAUUAUGGCAACU